GUUCACAUCUCAGUCAGUACCUAGCAGAGCGGCUGGUGCCUCCACAGAACAUCUCCUGAGCACUGCCCUGGCUGAACCAGGCGAGGCACCCAGACAGGGCUCCCCAGCCCCAGGCCUCCACUUGGGCACAAAGCUGAGUCUUGCCUCCUGACCUGAUCCUCCUGGAGAAGUGACCCCCAAGACAAGUCACUGGGCACCCCGACAGCCUCUUUCUAUGAUUGGUUCUGGAUUCAGCUGGCUGUGGGGACAGGCGCCCAGGGGCUGCCUGGGUCUCCGUGCGGCGGUAGCAGCCACCUCUCCAGCCACCAUGGGUGCCCGGAACUGAGGGGACAGCCUCUGCAGCCUCCGUGGAGGCCCUAAGGACAGGAUGGAGAACAAAGCCAUGUACCUGAACACUGUGAGCGACCGCGACACUGGCUCCAUCUUCGAGGAGCCCUUCGAUGGCAGGAGCCUGUCCAAGCUGAACCUGUGUGAGGAUGGUCCAUGCCACAAGCGACGGACAGGGGGCUGCUGCACCCAGCUGGGCUCGCUGUCGGCCCUGAAGCAUGCUGUCCUCGGGCUCUACCUGCUGGUCUUCCUGAUUCUCGUGGGCAUCUUCAUCUUAGCUGUGUCCAGGCCUCGGAGCUCCCCAGACGACCUGAAGGUGCUGACUCUCAACGUGAACCGGCUGAACGAGAGCUUCAGGGACUUGCAGCUGCGGCUCCUGCAGGCUCCGCUGCAGGUGGACCUGACGGAGCAGGUGUGGAAGGUGCAGGACGCGCUCCAGAACCAGUCGGACUCGCUGCUGGCGCUGGCGGGCGCCGUGCAGCGGCUGGAGGGCGCGCUGUGGGGGCUGCAGGCGCAGGCGGUUCAGACAGAGCAGGCGGUGGCCCUGCUGCGCGACCGCACUGGCCAACAGAGCGACUCUGCGCAGCUGGAGCUCUACCAGCUGCAGGUGGAGAGCAACCAAAGCCAGCUGCUGCUGCGGCGCCACGCCGGCCUGCUCGACGGGCUGGCGCGCAGGGUGGGCGUCCUGGGCGAGGAGCUGGCCGAUGUGGGCGGCGCGCUGCGCGGCCUCAACUACAGCCUGUCCUACGACGUGGCCCUCCACGGCACGCGGCUGCAGGACCUGCAGGUGCUGGUGAGCAACGCCAGCGAGGACACGCGCCGCAUGCGCCUGGCGCACAGGGGCAUGGAGCUGCAGCUCAAGCAGGAGCUGGCCGUGCUCAACACCAUCACGGAGGACCUGCGCCUCAAGGACUGGGAGCACUCCAUCGCUCUGAGGAACAUCUCCUUCGCCAAAGGACCACCGGGCCCCAAAGGUGAUCAGGGCGAUGAAGGGAAGGAAGGCGAGCCUGGAAUCCCUGGAUUACCUGGACUUCGAGGUCUUCCAGGGGAGAGAGGAACCCCAGGACUGCCCGGCCCCAAGGGUGAUGAUGGGAGGCCGGGAGCCACAGGCGUGAUGGGCAUGCGCGGGAUCAAAGGUGACCGAGGCCCAAAAGGAGAAAAAGGAGAUAAAGGAGACAGAGCAGGGGAUGCCAGUGGCCUGGAGUCCCUGAUGAUCCGGCUGGUGAAUGGCUCUGGCCCACACGAGGGCCGAGUGGAGGUGUACCACGAUCGGCGCUGGGGCACCGUGUGUGAUGACGGCUGGGACAAGAAGGACGGGGACGUGGUGUGCCGCAUGCUGGGCUUCCGUGGCGCACAGGAGGUGGCCCGGACGGCUCGAUUCGGGCAAGGUACAGGGAGGAUUUGGAUGGAUGAUGUCGCCUGCAAGGGCACAGAAGAUACCAUCUUCCGCUGCACCUUCUCCAAGUGGGGGGUGACAAACUGCGGGCAUGCUGAGGAUGCCGGGGUGACAUGCAUCAGACACUGAAAGUGGACACAGCCAAGGUCUGGGCCCUACUGCCCAGCCCCCUUCCUGCAUUCCUAAGGUGGGGGCAUCGCUGGGGCACCUCUGACCACACCUCUGCCCUGUCUAGGCCAGCAUCCUCCUCCCCCUCAUCCCUAUCCCAAGACCUCAGUGGCCUGUCAUCAUUCUCCUCUGGGACAUCAGCUCCAAACUGUAACUCUGGGAUCUACAGCCUGGAUCUUCCUUCCACCAGAGUUCCUGAAUGUGGAGUCCAGGUCGACUGGAUCGCCAUUUUGCCCAGCCUUCGAAGCACCAUGCAUCAGGCCUCAAUAUCCAUGUUCCCUUUGGUCUGUUAGUUACAGAUGGAUGCUGAGACUGUGUUGGAGACAAAUGCCGCAGUGCAGAUGGGAGAUAGAUGUCACAGAUCAUUCACUCUUCAGAUAAUUCCCAAACCUCAGUUCAGCCAAGAGUUUUGACAUCUUCCUUCCCAGCAAGAGACAAUACUGAAUGAUCCAUCUUCCCCUCUUUAAGCUGCCUCUGCAUCCUUUUGUUAGUUUGGGUUAAGUGACAGCUGUAGGAAUGAGAGGGAAAUCAAGUCACCGGCAGGAAUUAAUUUGGAUUUGGAAAAGGAGAGUGAAACUCACAUUUACUGAGUGAUCACCAGGUGUGCUAAAGUGUCUUGGGUACUAAAUUUAUCCACUUUGCAGCAUUUCUAUAAGGCAUGUUAGCUCAGGUAAGUAAGAUCUUACCUGCAUUCACCCGGCCUAGAAGUCAUAAAAUGGAGAAUGACGGAGACCGUUGUUUCCACAUGAACCUUAGUGUGUCUUUGCUAGGCUUGAGCAAGAAGCUCGGGUACAAGACCUGUGUGCCUGGAAGGUUACUUAUUCCCAAACAUAUGGAGGAUGCGUGCAAGGGAGGACAUGACUGGCUUCCAGGCCAGCCAUUCACAGAGAAGGAAGGGUGAUUUGGAGGGUGGCGUGGGGGCUGUUGGGGUUAAACAGAGACCAACACUCAGUCAUCCGGCAGUCAGGGUUCAAGCCAAGUCGCCUACAUCUCAGAGCUGUUUGGAGGUGAUGACAUUGAACCUUCCAGGCCUCCUGGGGUGUGAUCCUGUGGUCAGGAGAACACGUGUCCUGACGGGUAAGAGUAGAAGGAAAUGAGGAUGCCUUAUAACCUCCAGGGGAUGAAAGGGCCCUGGGCUUCUGCAAAUCCUCCAUCUGCACCCUCUCCUGGUGGUAGGGGCAUCAUAUUCUGCUUUCAACACAAGAGGGAGAUCAAAAUGGGCCACCUAUGUGUUCCAGGACCAGCGAGGGAGCACAGACCCAACUCACAUGGGGGCGUCCCAGACUCACAGUCAGGCCUGGGACACGCAGCCACCUGUGGUACCAGGCGAGCAUCAGCCUGCCUGGGGAAAGGGACCCUCCUGGUGUGGGCCCAACAAAGCUCCUAGCUGACAACUAAACCAAUAUGUGCUAUUGGUUGUUAUUUGCUUACAAUAUGCUUGUUAUUCAUUAAUGCCCUAAUGAUCAGAGACUCUCUUUCUGACCAAUUGCUAUGUUUACAUAACUCGCAUGUACUCAUGCACUUUUUCCAGAGCCAAUCUAUGUAUGCAUAUAUAAACAUGGCACUGUUUACAUCAUAGCUCAGCACAUUGCAACGUUUGUAUUUAAAAAAAAAAAAAAGAAUACUAAAGGUGGAAAGAUGUCACAUUGAAUGAAAUAGAUUCCCAAGCUUGUUCUGGCAAAGAAGCCAGUUACCCCACCGAUGAAGACCCGCAUGACUUUCUUACUUGGUCUUUUCAUUUGGGAAAAUACAAGUCUUGUCUUACAUCAAAUAAAAAUGAUGGUGAUAAGUGUUGAACCUUAAAAAAAAAAAUAAAAGUCUAGUC